CAGGCAGGGUCAUUUGUCUUCGCCUACUCUCCCCUUUUCCUCACCAUCUGGUAUGGACGGCACCACUUACGAACUGGACUCUUUGGAGGUUCCUCCUCUCACUCCGACCAGUAAAGCAGUUCUGAGUGAGGCGGUCAGGGCCAGCUUCUCUGGUUUCACCCUGGAGAGAGUCAGUCAUCAGUUUCCACAAGAUCCGACCUUGUGGUCAGAGUGGGAGGUCAAUCAUUGGCUGGACUGGUGUCAGGCUGAGUUUGGGCUCCAAGUCCUGAGCUGUGAGUUGAAGGGUCUCCAUGGGAGUGAGCUUUGUGGUCUGGAUCGUGAUACUUUCUUGAGCCUGAUGUCCGACUGCACAGCUGGGGAAAUCCUGUGGGAACAUCUGGAGAUCAUGAGGAGAGAGAAUGAACAGGACUACAGUUCCACAUCACCAGAGUCGGUCCACAACCACUGUCACACUCCAAACAAAGAGUCCUAUUCAGGCUUCCUUCAGGAGCUCCUUCAGGACAAGCACAGCUACUCAAGUCAGUACGGCGUGUCGGUGCUCGCCAGCCUGGACUCUGGUUCUGAACAUCAAGACUACUAUCUAGCCAAAGAGGAAGAUCUGAACAGGAACGCAACUGUGGAGCCUGCACUUCCAAAUGUGAUCCCCAAUAGAAUGCCACAGAUGGAUUCGAGCAUGAACAUGUCCCACAGUGAGGACUCAGUUUUUAUGGGCUCCCUGUCAUGGUCCACUUCUCAUCCUGAUAUGGAACCGGUGAUGGAGAAGAACAUCCCUGCUGAAAUCUUCACUCUACCGCAACAGUACAGAAGCUUCAAGGAAUAUGUGGGCAACAAGACCGACCUGGGCCGGGCCGUCAUCCCAGCAGCCGUCCUGGCUGGCUACACCGGAAGCGGACCCAUCCAGCUGUGGCAGUUCUUGUUGGAGCUCCUAACCGACCGCAGCUGUCAGUCAUGCAUCAGCUGGACAGGAGACGGGUGGGAGUUCAAGUUGACAGACCCUGAUGAGGUGGCGCUGCUCUGGGGCCGCAGGAAACAGAAGCCCAAGAUGAACUAUGAGAAGCUGAGCCGCGGCCUCCGCUACUACUACGACAAGAACAUCAUUCGCAAGACGGCAGGCAAACGCUACGUAUAUCGCUUCGUGUGCAACCUACAAGGCCUACUGGGCUACGAACCCGGCGAGCUACACGCCAUGUUGGACAUCAGCACCAAGACUCAGCAGUGACCGCCGCAUGAACUGUUGGAUCCCCAUUUCUGGGAAGA